GCCCAAGUAAUACAAGAAGUACGACUGGAAAAUCCCAUAGAAUAAGAGUGCUACGAACAUAUUGAAAAUGCAUUUUCGGUGUCCAUGGCGUCACAAGCAAAUUGUGAAUCGUUAAUAAUGUCGGCUCUUCGUUUCCUCUGCAUUCUGAAUAACGCUCUUCAGAUGCGAUUUCCAGGAACCUUCGACCGAUGCCAGCCCACGUAGCAUAAUGAGCACAGAUUUCAGGGGAAUUUCGCCAGCUGAGGAAGAAUUCACUAAAGAUCAGCUGAAUCAGUUUGUGGCUGCCUUUGAAAUAUGCAAACGUCAUUCGGAUGCUGUUAAUUAUGGACUUAACUUAUGGAAUCUUAGCUGGGAAUAUUCGGUUCGCCUAGGACACUGGGUUUUAUUGAUUAGUUUUUCAAAAAACCAUACGUGUUUGACAUUUACACAAAAAAAGAAAAUGUUUGUUAAUUUUUUGGAUGAUAUGUCACUUGGCGCAAUAAAUAUCUUUGCAAUUGUCCUGCUCUUGAUUCCAGGCAUUCUUGGCCAGUGCGUCGAUUGUAACGCUCACUGGAAGUUCCAUUGCAGGACCAACUAUACGGGCUACUACUGUGCUCCUGGUGCCCAAAUACACCAAAAAGUGACUUCAAAUUAUACAUACCUAAGGACCACAAGGAGCAAUGAUACCCCUUACGCCCGGUGUACGCCCUAUCCCUUUCAAAUACCUUACAUAGAGACGUUCUGCUGUCUAUAUUCACCCAAGGUUGGCUGCCAGUUGGCCCUCAACCCACGUAUCUUCCAUUACGAGAAGCUACCUGUCAGUAGAUGCGGUGACUGCAUGGAACACUGUCAAUGCUUGAACAAGGGCGCCCCUCCUGUCCAGCCCUGGACGAUGGUCCCUCUUCUGGGGAUCUGCGUCAUGCGGAUUCAGUGGAUGUUCCUCUGAACUCGUUUUAAGAUGUUCGGGCUGUAGGUGGUGCGAAACUUAUUGGAGCAUUGACAGUUGUUUCAUGUGGCUGACAAAAUAUUUCGGAGGAAUAAAUUGAAUACAGGGGGAUCGUCUUCUGACGUUCAAAUCCUCCGGUUGCCCCAGGCACAAGUUCGAAACAAGUUCGUCUAAGACGGAAGUACAACCCUCUUAUUUGUUUAGAUUUAGGUAAACAUCUAAAGAAAUAAUGCG